GUACCGGGACGAGCGGGUGGGGUCGGAGACUCCGACUCCUACUCCCGCUCCACACCGGGGACGCGGGGUACCGCGCUAUCAAUGUGCGGCCCGGGAACUCCGCCCGCGGGUCCGCGUCAGGUGCAGACAGGGCCGCCCACCCCCUUCCUGGCGGCAGUUGGGUGUUUGCUCCCCAGAACAGCCCCCACGCCGUGGCGCCGCCGCACCUGAAGGCUCAGGGUCUCCCGGGACGGUUUUUCCCCGCGGCACGGUGGGCCCCGCCGCCCGGCCCUCCCGUGGGAGAUCGGUGCCGCGUCGCCUGUGCUCUGGUGAGGCGGAAAUCCAGCGCGGGGUUUGCGGGGAGCUGAAGGAGUGCCGGCGACCUGCCGGCGAGGAGAUGUCCCUGAAUCCGCGCCUCAGCCGCAGCCUGCAUGCCCGCCCUGGGUGGAGCGGUCGUCUUUGUCGAGCCGGGACCUGCUCUCCUUUCUCGUUCAAGCAGAAGAGGAGCUAGCGAGGAAAUAAAAACAAGCUCGAGUUAAUGUUUGAGAAGUUCGGGUGCAGGAGAGUCUGGAUUUUUGGCUUCUUGGAGAAACAGUAGAAAAUGCAAAACGAAAUAAUAAAGCCUGCUAAAUACUUCUCAGAAGUGGAGAAGAGUGUGCUGCUUGCAUUAGUUGAAAAAUACAAAUAUGUGCUUGAAUGUAAAAAAAGUGAUGCAAGAACUAUUGCUCUGAAACAACGUACCUGGCAAGCACUAGCUCAUGAGUAUAAUUCACAGCCCAGCGUAUCACUGCGAGACUUCAAACAGUUAAAGAAAUGCUGGGAAAAUAUCAAGGCACGGACAAAAAAGAUAAUGGCACAUGAAAGGCGGGAGAAGGUAAAAAGAAGUAUUAGUCCACUUAUAAAUACUCACAUCAUAGGGAAAGAGAAGAUUGCCAGCAUAAUGCCUGAGCAAAUGUACUUUUUGCAGAGCCCACCAGAAGAAGAUUCUGAAUAUCAGCCUGAUGCUUCUAGUCAAGAGUCAUUUGUUGUCUCAAAUAGAGAACUCUGUGAUGAAGAGAAAGAUCUGGUACAUUUCCCAGUAUGUGAAGGUACCUCCCAACCUGAGCCUUCGUGUUCUGAUGUCAGAAUAGCAGCAGACAAGAACUACAGAAGUAAAGCAUCUCAGGAAAGUGCUCUGAAAAAGAUGCAUGAGGAAGAACAUCAUCAGCAAAUGUCAAUUUUGCAACUACAGUUAAUCCAAAUGAAUGAAGUUCAUGUGGCAAAAAUACAGCAAAUAGAAAGAGAGUGUGAGAUGGCCGAAGAGGAACACAGGAUAAAAAUGGAAGUGCUAAAUAAAAAGAAAAUGUAUUGGGAGAGAAAACUGCAGACCAUCACAAAAGAAUGGCCUGUAUCAUCCUUUAACAGACCCUUUCCCAAUUCACCAUAGAACAGAAAGGAGCAGAGAAUCAGUCUGAGCACAUUUAUGAGUAAUGCGCACUGGAACGAGGGUUUUUUAAUGUGAAUGUACAGUGACAGGAUAGAUGCCUGGCUGAUAAUGAACACACUUUGAGUCUUAACAUUUAGGGAAACAGUGGUAGAGUCUACCAAGGCAAAAACCCUAUUUUUCAUUUGUAGGUAGUUCUGAUUUGUUUAACUUUCAGACAUGCACAGUAUUCUAAAAUGUGAACGUAUUUUCCCCUCUCAGAAUCCCCUAACAUCCUUUUGAAAUUUAAUGUACUCUGGGUAUUCUUACAUUGGGUGUUUUUAAGAAAACUUAACAGCUUUAAAAAUCAGGUUGUAGUGUUUAUUUUUAUUUCUAUCACUUCCUAUCUACCAUUUCCUGAAUGAAGGCAAGGGUUGUAGUUGCUCUCCGCUAUUGGGACAAAAGGUGUUUGAUAGGUAUGGGUUGGACUGUUAUACUGGGGCUUAGGAAAAAACCCAUUUGUCUCUAGUUAAUGUAGUUCAUAACUUAUUCUUCAUAGAAGAAGUGAAAAUGAAGGAAGUAGCACAAGGACCACUAUAGUAACUGAGCCCUUUGCUUGUGAAGAACAAUAAUAUUUUCCAGCUGACUGGCUGCUUGAGAGAAUGGUUGUGGACUGGUCCUCCAACUGUUUGAGCCUUGACCCUUAAGAAGUUGGAAAGAAGGUGGCUUCUUUCUCAAAAUCCAUUGUGCUUGUCCUCUCUUUUCCAGGCCCAUCUUGUAUUCAACUAGAAUACCAAAAUAGGAGAGUCGUAUGCUGCCGCCAGCACUGUACCAUUCACCUGGAGUCAGUCCUUUGGAAGGGAAGAGCUUUUUAACAAUUCAUAAAGCUCUUAAAGUGUAGCGAGCCAGCCACUCCAUUGGCAAAGUCUCCCUCUGUCUCCCCAUGCAAUACUUGAAGCGUAGCAGGAGUAUUUCAGCCUCCCUAGCUGCAAGAAAAGACUACGAGUCACCCUCUUUACCUUCACAUAGGGUGGGAAGCAGUUCAAGGGAAUCAUUCCUGUCUUGGAGCACUGUUCUGUUUUGUUCUGUCCUGUGUGUUAUGGUAGUGUGUUUCUUGCCUUUGCUGUCAGUGAGGGGUGAUGGAUGUGAUUUGUAAGAAAGCAUUCACGUGAAGGUCCCCACAGAGUUUGGGGUAAGAGUAGAUGGUAGGAAAGCACAAAUCAAGUUAAUCCUUCCCCAGGCAAUCAUUUAGUCUAGUGGGACAAGGGUUAAGACAAUGUGAAAUAUAGAACUCCACAAAGAUUCAUAACAACUUCUGGUAUUUGAAAAGUUGUUUUACAGGAAGAUGUACAACCAUCAUUUGAAGUAGUGAGAAAAAUGAACAAAACCAUAAAUUUUCACUGAAAAGCCUGAGUAUCCCGUUAUUCAAUAAAGUAUUUUCAGAUCAUGAUUCAUGAGGGCAAGUCCAUACAGUGAGCAACAUACUCAGAGUAUGUUACAAAACAUACAUUCCCAGUUACACCCCCAUCUCUCCCCUGGAUGUUCUUUCUGGUAGAGUGAGUUUCUUUUGGUUUUGUUUUGGGGUUGGUUUUUUUUCGUGUUUCUUUUUCUUGAACUGCUUUCCCUGCUGGUGAUUCAUCUUUGCAAGCGCUGCCAUGAUCAACCACAGUCCUCAACUGUGGUUAACGCUGUGGUACGUGCAUUGAUCCCUUCAACGUGCUAACACCAGCAAUCGCAAUGGGAGUGAUUUAUUGCGAUUUAUUUUAUAUGACAGGAAAAAAAAAAUUGCAGAGCUGCUGCAAGAUCAAAAAAAUAGGUCAUGUAUGAAAUCCGAAGACAGAUCUUUUUGACAGCAAACUCAGUUUUCUUAUAAAUUGGCUGUAUGAAGGAAGCACAGGACUUCCAAAGAAGGAUAUCAUUAUGGACACUUUUUUUCCUGCUGAACGGAGACACUGUUGGAAGGUAGGACAAUGAUGUAUAAUAACAGUAGAGGCAAAAGAAAGAAGUAAACAGGAGUGAGGACCUUUUUGUUCUGAGGUUGCAUUCUGUGGUCUGGAAGAUGAGUCAGUUAUUUGAGUAGUUAUGACGAUUGUUCAGGCACCAUCCAGAAAAAAGAAUAGGAAGGACAUUUCUCCUAACCAGUGAUGGGAUUCCUUUCACACUGCUUCUAAGUGAAAGUAAUUUGAAACUACGAAAUUGAAACCGUGUAUGGUAAGGUGUCAAAAGGUGACAAAUGGAGACAAUUUAAGCACUGUGAAGAGAGCAAGAACGGAGACAAUCUAGGUCUAGAUAGCCCUGUGAGAAGGUAUGAAAUAGUCCAGGGAGAAUCUCUGUGAGAUAAGGGUAAUUCUGACUCCUGAAAGUUAUACCAUUGCUCAUGAAAGAUGUUUUAUUUUUAUAUUAAAUAAUAAUUUAAAAUACGCGUGUUUUUGGACUGCACUAAAUGGGCAAUGCCUUGCUUUUGGUAUAUAUUAUUCUGAGACCAAAAUUUACAGUUUUUAGGCUGAACAACAGAGCCUUUUAAUUCAGCUUCUAUUUAAAAGUAAGCAGAUCACAGGAGAAAAAUUAGAAAGAACCAGGAUGAAGAUAGGAAGGAAAGAAUGAUCAGUACAUGCAUAGAGGAAGAAUGGGAAUGUCACCCCUAACACAAAUGAUACAAAAUUCUUUUGUGGUAUGGGUAGUAGAUGGCUUACUCGUGACAUAGGCUUUUGCUUUCCUAUCUGUGGUUGACUGUUGGUUGCUGUAAGGUUGGGUGAUAGACACAGAAAAAUGUAAAAGGUCAACAAGAUGAAGUAAUGUGUCUCCUUGCCAGGCUUUGGCUUCUCCAUCUAAAGGCUUUUUAUAAAGUGAUUGGUGCGACGGAGUUUAAAUUACUUGGGAAAAGUGGCUUUUACAAUGUUUGGGGGUUUUUUUGCAGUUACUUCCUCUGGUAAUAAUCUUUUCUUUUGUUAACAUUUAACAUUUCUUAUCUGUAAUAUAGCCAUCUCAGACAGUGUGUCCAUUUGUUCCUCUCCCUUUUUUCUAGCUUACAUCAUUCAGAUACCUUGACAUAAUUGUGUUUUCCUCUUAACCAUUUGGCCAAGCUAUAUAGGCAUUUACCCAAGGUUUUUCAUAGAUAAAAUACAACAAUAUUUUAAAAAGAACAUGCCUGUUCUUCUCUGGUUUUUUUGUACAAGUUGUUGGCAAGAACAAACUUAAAGAUACACUGGGCAAAAUGAUUCCUGCUUAACUCCAUAAGAGAAAAUGUAUACCAGACAUGUAGUGGCCGUUGUUCUCAGCAUCUAUGUUAUUAUGAACAGAAACUAUGAUUGCCUAGGCAAGGUGUGGUGAAUUCCUUUAUGCUCCCAAAAAUGACACCAGCCUGCUUACAAGUGCUGUCUCUCCUUGGAGAUCAUCUAACUUGUUAUCUGGUGUAAUCUUUUUUAUUUGUUGAUUUUUUUUCUCCUUAUGUCUGUGUCCCCCAUUGCUUUUUUUAACCAGUAACGUGAGCAGUGGAUUUCAUCCAAAGCUAUGUGUUUUGCUCUUUUCUUUCUCUUGCCCAGAUUGCCUAUAUCACAACAUUUUAGCAUGAGAUGAGUGCUCCUCAGUUGUCAUCUUCCCUUUCCACAGAACGCAUGGUUAGCCUUUUCUACACAGCUGCCCAUACAUUCUGGAUUCUGCGCACAGGCUAGGAAACGUAUUUGAGGAUUUUGAAGAGAGGUUAGUCUAGAGAAAGGUCUGUAUAGAGAAGAGCACGUUCUCCAUUCCAGCUCCAUGUAAUUCUGGGAGGACAGUCUGACUACAAAGUCAUUCAUCAGGCUCAGAGCUAAUGCAGGGUGCUGAAGCUGUGUAAGUGGCACUGAUUCUACAGAAAUCCUUGGGGUUCUGCAGAGGUUAGCUUCACAUUUUCCUGAUAAAAGUUCCUUCUUUCUAGGUAGUGGAAGAGUCUCGGUGGAAGAUUUUCACAGAUAUUUCCUCAAAUUGAGGCUCUUUGACAGAGAAAUAACCCACCCUGCAAUCUGUUAUACUACUUUUGAUGCCCAGGCUGCUCUAUCACAGGAGCAAGGGAUCUUGCUGCUUGCCGAAAAUCCUCUCUGUGAUGCUCCUUCCUACGCUGUGGAGAUGUGUUUAGCCAGGGCCGAAAGACGCAGCCUUCCUGGCCAGCCAGUGCUCAGAGAAGGAGUCCUUACAGGGCAAGUACAGCUGCUGUGGUGCUGCACGGAUCUUUUGCAGGUGUUUUUUUCUUUUUGUUGGUUAUAGUUACAGUGGCUUUUACAAUGUGUCUUCAUCCUUCUUCCCCACUUGCAUUAUAAUGCUUCCAGUUUCAUUCUGAAUCUCUAUGGUCACAGUCUGUACAACCCCACAUCUGUGCAGUAUCAUAUUUUCAGGUAUUUUUCUCAUGAUGACAUUGAAAUGAUAAACUGCUACACAUUUAUAUAUUGUUAAUUGGGGGCAGGGGAAUUGCACAUAAAUCUUAAAAAACCAUUUCAUUGUGUUUUUUCCAGGCUAGUAAAGUCCCUCACGAGUAGUCCUGUGAUUUCAUAUUUUGAGCUGACUUCUUCAAAGCUACUUUUUAAAGACCAGUGCAUCUUAGUUGUUUUCAUAAUUGCCUGUCUUUUCGCAUUAUUUUGCUGUUUCUUCUCAAAGCUGCUGGCCGAAAACUCACACAUCAUCACUCUUCCUGAACUUUGUCUCUAGUUAGGUAUUCAAAAAUGUUUCUGUGCAAAUUAAGUACUAAUGUGUACCAAAAUUAAUACAUUUAGGCUAAUAAAAUAAACCAACUAACAAGAUGGAUGAUAGAAUAAUAUGCAGUGACUGUUAAUAUAAUUUAAAAAAAAAAAAAUUACAGAGGACAGCUCUGUACAUUUGAUAAAAAGAAAGCUGACAAUUUGCUGCCAUCUAUACGAAUAGGAUAAUAAUAUAUUUUUACAGUGAAAGCAAGCAGUGGUCUCUGUUGCCGGUAUCACAGAUUAAUUUUGCUGCUGAUUUACAAGGGACUUUGCUUCUUAGAUUUUUUUUUUAAAUUUUUUUUUUGGUCAUGGUAUUACAUGAAAUGGCUUGAUUCUCUUCUAUGUAAAGAAGAUACACAUAGAAAUGUGGACAAACUUCUGGGCCUAAAACAAGAGCAAUAAAAUAGAAACGCACUAGCUGUGGCUCUGAACAUUUUACUGUUCUGAUGGUGAAGGGAUUAGGCAUCCCAAAUCAUCAUUGGUCUUGUUAAUAACACUGAACAAAUUAAAAACUUUCAAAGGCAAAAAAAAAAAAAAAGGCUGGUAUGGUUUUCAGAGUGCGUCAGAAACAAAGACAGCUCUUAGCUGUCCCAAAAGGUAACGCUGUCACUAACGUAUGUCGAACAAUUCCCCCGCAUGGUCUUCACCUACCCCAAUUACUCUUUCCUUUGAGACUGUGGACACCUAUCAUACCAUUCACAGCUCCAAGUGCCUGACAGUAAGAAAAGUAACUGCAUCAAGUAGGAAUCCCACCAGAGUUGUUAGACCUCAUUCUUAACUAGUCGGCAAUUUUCUGAGACUGCGUUAUCUAGACACGCACGCUACGCACCAUGGAAAGGCACGUGAAAUUUGUCCAGCACGUAGUCUGCCAAAUGGCAUAGGCUACGCAGCAAGGAAAAGGAAAAUGUUGUCCACCGCAUGGCUGUGUGUUAUAAAACUGUUAUAUUCGUGAGGGCAUGUGGAUGCAUCUCACUGAUGGUAAACCUCUUUAACAGAAAGAAUCAAGAAGUAUUUUUGCCAAAUCUUCUCAUUCAUCCUUGUCUAGAUUUCCCAAUCUGUCAAAACAGCCACAGGACAAAAAUAAAAGGAAAAAAGAAAAAAAGCAAAAAAAAAAAAGCAGUCAAAAUAGCUAGAAACAAUCUGUUGCCUUCCUGAUGAAGAGCUGGCUAGAUAGAAAGCUAUACUACAUAUAUUUAUAUAUUUAGGGAAAUAACUCUCUAAUGUAACGAAAAUAAAGCAAGAUAGACUUUUUUUAGAUCGUCCUUAUUUAAUUUGUGUGGGAGUUUUUAAAAUGUUGAUUGAGAUUGUUUGGUUUUCCUUUUGUUAUUCAGUCCAGCUGCAGAAUAGUUGUGUGCUUCAAUUUCUGACCGAAUGUUAGAGCACCUAAUUAAUCAAAUUUGUUUGGCAAGAGAGUAGGAGUAGCUUUGCAUUCAGCACAACUUGAGAUUGAUUGUAUUCCACUAGUCUUCAAAUAUUUCUUCUCAGAUAUAAGAGGCUGUUCUUGGACAGCCCUGAAUCUGAAACUGGCAUUAUAUGCCAAUUUAGUAGUAAUUUAUUAUUUAUGUGGCACUAAUGAGGUGACAUAUAAGCUGCUCGAGCUCUGUCCAUUAUUUGGUCACGUAAAACCCCCUUACCUUUUCUUAGAAUUAUGCCCUGAAAUUAUGUACUAAGCCACAAAUGGGCAAGUGAAUCACCCAUAUAAAUUCCUGCCACACAUUCUGGGUCACAGUAUACUGUGGGGAAAAACCCUCCUGCUUCUGUUUAAUCAUGGAGUUUUGAAAUUUUGACCUGUUACUCUUACCAAAGCUUUGCUAAAAAUUAUUUUGUUCUGUUAGACACCUACGUGCUACCACAGAACCGUCCUUCAACCCAAUGAGCCACGUGGCUUUAUAACUUUUCAAUAUCGAGUCUAUGGACUGUAGCAAGUCUGAGUUGAUGCACACAUGGUAAAUUCCAUUUAUCUGAAAAAGAUCUUGUAAAUGGUCUCACAUACUGAGACUCUGAAAAGUACAGAUUAGGGAGGUGAAGUAAUGGAUUUGGUAUUUAAACCAGGGCAGAAAUUCUGGCAGGCUGGGAGUUAUCAGUGCUGACCUAACAGAGAGGUUCAACCUCUGCUUAAGGAACAAUAAUAUCCAAUUCAAAUAUUGCCUUACCUCCAACUUUACAUCUAAAAUGAAGUGUAAUGAGAAAUCCUUGCCAAAUAAAGCAACGUUAGUUUUCAAAAUGCACUUGUUUUGCUUUCAAUUACUGGCUUGCACGAGGGCUCUGAGUCCAGACUGACCUUUAUAUUGCACUUCGUUGAUGGCUGAUUUGAAGAAGACUUCCCAUACUGAUUUUGUCGUCUUCCUCUUGAAUGCAAUACUUCUACCUGGAUGCGCUUAGCCAUGCAGUGGUGGCAGUCGGACCAUGGCAAGGGGCUCACAUUCCCAAGUUGUCUGGCACUGACUCACCACAUCUUUUCCGAUUACCAAUUCAGCAGUGGUAGAUGAAUUUGGAUAAAAAAUGAGGGGCUUUGGCCAGCAGGAACAACCAUCAUUGCUAACUGUGUUGCUGAGGUGCCUUGUUACACUGGUAAGUUGGCAAAUUUAAAGGUAUAAUCAAUAAAUGAUCACAAUGGUACUUUGUCUGAGCCAAUUACAAGACUGUCUUAUAGCGUAAAUCUUGCUUUCAGCUUUUACUCCUCUUGUAGACUGAUAAAUUAAUUGCUUGCUCCUAGUUUAUACUUCCACAGUCCUGCUGAAGCCAAUACCCUUCUCUACAUGUUGCCAUGAGCUUGAUAGAUAAGUGUAGAUCUCCGCUUUCAUUCUGGUCCAGAUGCCACAGCUACCAACACUGCUUCUGUAAAUCUGGCACGAGUGUGCUGUCAGGGGGCCAGGCUGGGAAAAUCAGGCCUGGGAAAAGACUGGCUUAAACUUAAGCCCUUCUCUUACACACAGCAUGGACAGAAGUGGUUCAAGCCCCAUGGCACGGCAAACUCAAGCCUGCAUCCUGUCACAACUUAAAACACAAGUAUGGACAUAGUAAGAGCGGUGGGUUACUUUGGUGAUCUGCAAAAAUGGCUUUGGGUGGUAAGCAAUUGGGUUUUAAAAUUGUUAUAUAUUAAAAUCUUCCAAAUCAUGAGACAGGUUAAAAUUAUGCCCUGUCAGUGUUCAACUACUAAGAGCAAUAAAAUAACACAGCUUCCAUCUGACAGAUUCAGUCUUCUGUUAGGAUUUGUUUCACUGGUAUGGUUAAUAUAUCAUGCAGGCAUGCUCUCACCUUUCUUCCUUGUAAAAUCCUUGCUACUUCCAUCAAAUUAGUUCACAUUCUGGAUUAAAAAAAAAUAAAGUAGAAGUCAGCUAUAUUAACCCAUCCCGUGUUAGAUAUAUACAUAAAUCCAGUUAAGCAAUAUAUCAAAUCUUUUUCUAAUUUUUUGUAUUUUUAGCUAUAUGUGGGUUUUUGUGUUUGUUUAUACUUUCUACCUUUUUGGUUUGUUGUUUUUUUUUUUUUUCUUUUUUUCUGAAGAGUCUAAGGUUAAAUAAUGAGAUCUGAUCUUCAGCUUCUCAAGAUGCAGAUAUCAUGACAUUUUAAAUCUAUACCAGAAAAAGUUCUGGUAACCGAUUAAUGUAAAUGCAGAGAUAUUUUGGUCUGUUCUACUGGCCACAGAACUAGAAGGCAUAGCCAUAAUAAUACCUUUAUUUUUGUGGUUGUCUUUCUGAACUUCCAGUCACAAUGUGUGCAAGCUGGUUUGCCACCAACUAGCAUCCAGCAGCACUGGUGUAGUUCCAGGGCCUGUUUUUCAGAGGUGCUAAUCUGCUGGCUUCAGCGGGGGUCACGGCAAGUCAGCACUUCUGGGCUCUAGAAACCACGGGUGGGAUCUUCAACAGAGCAUGUUGGUUACGCUUGCAGAUCCCACCGAUUUCCAGGGAGCACUGGAACCCCACUUCCCCAGGGCAUCUUCUGGAAUUUCAUGCAGUUUAACAGAAGUAUUUUUACAAUACCCAAGAAGUGAAAACUCUUUAGGAGAUAAUUUGUUUCCAAACGUGUUAUUGCCAUCUCUGCUAGUACUACCAUCUUGUGAUGGUACAUCACGUUGGCCGUGUUUUGAGGUCUUAUUGGCCAGGUUUUUAGAAGUCUUACCUUUCCAAGGGGAAAAAGUAACUUUCACUUCAAUUUGGCAAUGACACAGGGUAUUUUUCGAGGUUGUUGCAAGAGGUUGUCUCUCCACCAUCACUUUUUCUUAUCCUGCAGAAGCUUCCCCUAUUUUGCAUGCAUAUUCCACCAGCAGUGGAAUUGCACCUGAAUUCCUUUGGUCAAGGAGACUGCAAGGAUCCUCUGAAAACCUCUGAAAGUGGUAAUCUUUCCACAUGUGUUCAGGGGGCUCAGGAUCACUGCAGGCUAAAUACAGAAGCACUGAAAAUCAGACCUCUGAAAUAUUGCCAACACAAGAGCUUGAGAAUCUCAAGAAGAAACUUGAAUCUAGGAGCUCCUCUUUGUCAUUUUUGUAUAAGUGGUCAAAUAAUUAGGAAACCAUUCUUUCUUCACACCGUGUUGUAUUUAUUACGUGACAUUAGGUUCUGUUGUGUUUUAACAAUAUAUAAAAUUACAUUGUGCUGUGUUUGUGCUUAUAGUUGGUGAGCAUCUGAAACAGAACUAGCACUUAAGUACUGGGCUAUUUGUCAUAAGAUACGUGAAAAUGUAUACACUCCUUUUGAUACUAAAUAUUUUAAUGGAACAUUAGAUGGUAUCUCUUGUGGUCUUUGCCUUUUAUUAGUAACAGUUUCUGGGUUUUGCUUUUUAAAUUGCACUAAAACCUAUACAUUAUUUAAGAUCCCCCUUUUAGCCAAAUGGUAGCCGCUAGGCUAAUCUGAUUUUCCUAGCAUGGCAUCAGCCUCAGUCACCUCACCUGUUGUAAAGUGUUGGUUUAGUAUUUUAGUGCCUCAAGCACCACCAAAGCUGAGUCUGCCCUGCACGGAAGCAGCUUCUGGAAUUGCACCUUUAAGCAAUUAUUUUUUUUGUUACUGUUGGUUUUAAUUGAUAAAUAAUGCCCACAUUAUAGUUUGAAUCUCUAGGUAGAUCACAGUAUGUCUGAGUCCUUAGAAUGUGAGGAAUGAGGUUUUCAUUACCUUUAUUGUGUAGCUAAUUUUCAUAGCAAAUUCUUUGUUUUUCCUACAGAAACAGUGAGUAAAAGGAGACGAAAGUAGGGCCCUAAAAUGUAUACUUUCUAACGGUUGGGGGAUGUAUGAAAUGCAACAAAAAGUACCAUUAGAGGAAGAGAUCCAAUAACUGUCUAAGCGAGGGGAAUCUACUGUAUGUCUGAAACUCACAGUGUAUGUAAUAAGGAUGACUAACUGUACAUUUUAGUGCCUUGUUUCCUGUAAAAUGUUUAAUCAUAAAUUACUAAACAUAAAUAAUUUCUGAGAAAAUGUAUCUAAAUAUUGUUAAUAGAAACUGUAUAUUCACAGAAAAGUCAAUAAAUCAUCAACUAUUGUUAUGCA